CACUAAACACUAAACCCCCCUUACACCAAUGCACUUUUGGGGUCCGACCAGACGCGACUCUACUCAUUCGUGCGACAAAUGACUGUGAAAGCCAAAUUUUCGCAAGGUGAAGAACGGAAGCAUAUUUGCAGCAACGGGAAGUUGCUCUUGCCAGACUGAAGGUACCUGUAUCAUAUUGAUAGCAAUGAUAGCAUUGAUAGCAUCUUUACCUUAAGAUAAGUCGACCAUGUACAGCUCUGACCGAGAAGCCCGCAAGGCGCAGUUGGCAGCCAGCAGGGAAGUUGCUUCAGUGGCCAUGCUCAGCAUGAGCAAUAGUGAGCUCCAGUUGGAUCAAGCCCCGCCAGUGGACUCGCAAGAUCUUAUGACGGCCGUGGAAGCUGCAAGAAAGAAACAAAGGCAGCAAAGUCAAGCUGAUGCAGCUGAUGCACCUGAUGCAGCUGAUGACAGUAAUAGUACUAGUGAAGCAGAAGAAGCAGCAACUGAGCAGGAUGAAGCAGAGGAAGAUUAUGAUAGUGCUAGUGAAGCAGAAGAUCAGGAUACUGCUUCAGGUUCAGGUUCAGAACAAAUGCAGGUACAGGUAAAAGAGGAGGAAGAGGAUGAAGAGGAAAUACUAGCACCUGAAGGUACUGCAGUACCUGAAUCACAGGAACUCCCACAAGAUCAAGAUCAAGACCAAGACGAGUCAGAGUUUCAUGUACAUGUAGAAAGUGAGAAGUUUGAAGAGGAAUACAGACGUGAACAAGAGGUUGAAGAGGUUGAAGAGGUUGAAGACUUAGAAGCCCCUCUCAUGGACGAGGAGGAAGACGAAGAAGACGAGGAACCUGAAAAGGACAACUUGGCACAUCAGAAGCGUUGUUGCAUCAUUUUUGCUGCUGCCAUAGUUCUCGUGUCAAUCAUGUGGACUGGAGCUGCUAUUACUGGCAUUGUUUGUGGUGCUGUUACCAGUUGCAAAAAGGAAAAUGAGCAACCAGACACAACACCUCCUGUUGGCAGCGUCACAAGAACUAAGCCUCCCACUGCUGCUCCUGUUGACAUGACCAAUGAUACCAGUACCACAAGUGCAAACAUUUUUGACAACAACAACUCCAAUACCGGUACUAGUCCACCACAGGCCAACCAGACUAACGACCCAUCCAUAACACCGGUCUCACAACCAAACGCUACAGAACAAUUACUGCCCACUGUCAACUACACAAAAGUACCAAUCCCACUGGGAGAGUCGGGAGCCAAUAUUACACUCCCAGAGUUCAGCAGCGAGGCAACUCAGGAAGCAACGUCUCCAAAGCCACAGGCAUUGCAAUGGAUGGCCUCGAGCUACAGCAGUGAGGAUUUAUUGGCCAUGGAGGACUGGGAAAAAGAGCAGAAAUUUGCACUGGCAUCGAUAUACUAUUCGUUUCAAAAAGGAGGCUCUGUUGACGACACCGGCGCAGACCCAACUACUCGCCAGCAGCCACGACAAGGUGACAAUCUGCAACAGGAACAACAGCAACAGAGUUGGCUCAAUGCCUCUCAGUCCGAAUGCGAUUGGACACCCUCGUCUGACGAUGACAAUAAUAACGACGAGAGAGCCAUCCAGUGCACACCAGAUGGACGAGUCAUGGCACUUCGUUUCACGGCAACCACCGUGUCGGGACUUUUGCAGGACGGUGGUGGUGGUGGUGGUGGUGGUGAGAUUCCUCGAGAAAUUCAGCUGCUUUCGUCUCUAAAGGAACUGGUCGUGUCCAAUACGAGCAUCUACGGGUCGCUGGAAGACUGGUUACUUCCCAAUGUUCUGGACGACAAUGACAACCGUUUUGGAAGCGAGUUGUUGAGUCUAAACUUGUCCAACAGCAUGUUCGCUGGCACUAUUCCACCUACCCUGGCAGAGGUUUUUUCCAAAUUGACAUCGCUGGAUCUGGCAGCUGGCAAUUUUGUGGGUGUCAUUCCAAGCCAUCUGGGCUUACUGACGGAUCUGCACCGGCUGCGGUUGAAUAAGAAUAUCCUCGAAGGUCGCAUCCCCGAGGAAUUGUAUCGAAUCACAAAGCUUCAAGUACUACAACUUGACAGCAACUAUCUCUCCGGCACAAUAUCGACUGCCAUUGGGAAUCUGGUAUCCUUGACGGAUGUUCGGUUGAGUGAGAACUCGAUCACUGGACCAAUUCCAGGAUCGUUUUCGCAACUGACAAGUCUGGUCAACAUGGUCUUGAACACCAACUACAUGAACGAAACUCUGCCAGCGAGCAUUUUUGCGGAUUUCGUGCAACUGGAGCGUUUGGACGUCUCCCGCAACUUUUUGGCGGGCAAUGUCCCUGAAUCCUUGUUUGGCAUUCCCUCGCUGAAGCAUGUCAUCUUAUCCAACAAUUCCUUCAUUGGUCCCCUUCCCACGAACUUUUUUACUGCACCAUUGCUGGAGAACCUUUGGAUAGACGGCAACUUUUUGAGCGGAAUUAUUCCCGACGUGCAACCAGGAAUUUUGUCUGUUUUGCAUAGUUUGUUGAUGCACAACAACCUGUUGACCGGGAGCAUGCCCGAGCGCAUUUGCGAGCUUCGUUCUCAAGAGUCUGCAUCUAGUAAAUUGGAGGAUGUGUGGUCCGACUGUGGCGGAACUGGUGAAGCGAGAGUUGAGUGUGUCUUUCCCUAUUGCUGCAAUCGUUGCUAUUCAAAUACGAGUUGGCGUUGUCGUCGUCGUCGUCGUCACCGACGAACGAAACAAGUAGUUAAAAGGUAAAGUAGCGCUUCUAAAGACGUACGGUAGCGGUAUCCACUUUUG